UUCCAGAAUGUUACAUCACAUCCUGGUUCAAGCGAAACGCCUCGCACCGAGCAGGACUCCUCUCCCAUCCCCGCGGGAACCGCCGACUCCCCCGCGGGAAUAUCUCCCACCGAAGGAACCGACGGAACCGACUCUUCUCCCGAAAUCGCCCCGUUUUUUGGAAAACGGGUCCGCGUGUUCCAAUUGGUCGACGGAUCCCCGCGGGAAUUGCUCACCGGGAGCAGCUACGACGUGGUCUCGGCCUCCCGCGGGGGGAGUUUCACGCUCUUCCUGACGUCCCGCGGGACGGUGCUGUCGCUGGCGGGAGGCGAAGAAUGUGUGGCGGGAAGCGGGAUUCGCGCGCUCUCCGCGGCUCUGCGUCGCGAACCGCGGUUAAUCCCGUCUCUGCAGGUGGAGCGGGCGUUACGGCACAAGCGGCUGGCGGAGGUCAAAACCACGGGGAAAGCGUCGUUCGCGCUGGCGACCACGGGAGAACUCUACAGCUGGGGCGACGGUCCCGCGGGGGAGCUGGGUCUGGGGGAGCCGGUGCGGCAGAGCCAGGCGGAGAUCGUGGUGCGGCUUUUACCGCGGCAAAUCGUGAAAGUGGCGUGCGGCGCGAGUCACGUGCUCGCGCUGGACAGCGAGGGCGCGCUCUUCGCCUGGGGCGGCAACCAGUUCGGGCAGUUGGGUCUGGGGGACCGGAGAAACCGCGCGGAGCCGGUGCGUGUCGUCGCGCUCAAGAAGCAGCACAUUGUGGACAUCGCUGCGGGAGACGGGUUUUCCGCGGUUCUGGACGACCACGGCGUGGUGUGGACCAUGGGCCUGAAUGAGCUGGGUCAAUGUGGCUCCAAUGCGUCCAGGGAGGUCGGUAUUCCCUCCGCAGUGCGGCAAGUGCCCAGCGCGGCGCAGUCGCUCGCAUGCGGCCAAUCGCAUGUGCUGGCGCUCUGCAAGGAGGGCGAAGUCGUCACGUGGGGCUGCGGGUUCCACGGGGAAAUGGCGAUCCCCGCGGCCAUCGCGUACGCCGCCACGCCGCAGAUCGUUCCAUUAGCGCAUCAUCUGCGCAGCCAGGAAUUCUAUCGCGGUUACCUCGCAGAACCGCGUUUUCCAGUGGGGAAACGGGGAACUCGGAGAGCCUCGCGAGAUCUACGCGGUCCCCGCGGGAGAGGGCUGCAUCGUCGACGUCACCGCGGGGGAGGAGCCGCUGAUUUUGGUGGACGGGACCGCGCAAUCCCCGCGGGUGGGGUCGUCCCGCGGUUAUUCGCUGCCGGCGGCCAAUCACGUGCGGAGUUUCGAAAAGAGCCGGUCGCAGUCGAUGGAGUGGUAACCGUGGAAACGGAGGUCCAGCGUAGGGUUCUGCAGCAGCGGCAGUUACUUCGCGCGUGGGCCAAUCAGCUGCGUCCGGGGCAGGCGUUUCGUCCGACGUCGGCAUUGCUGAGUUUGGUGGAAAAGGGGGUUCCUCCGCUGCUGCGGCAGCGCGUGUGGCCGAAUCUUCUGGGGAACGUUCUGAAAGUAACGCCCGAGGCGUUUCAGUUGUACUGGUCACGUGCGCAGGCGAGUCCGAGCGGAGGGUUUUCGGGGCUGCCGGGGAAGGAGGCGACGGUGCGGCUGAUCGACGAGGAUCUGAAGCGGACGUUCGUGCCGUUGGGGUUCUUUAAUCGCGGGGAGCCGCUGUAUGAUGUGAUUCGGAAGAUGUUGCUGACGUACGCGUUUUAUCGGCCAGAUAUCGGGUACGUGCAGGGUAUGUCGUUUCUAGCGGGGAUUCUGGCCGUCCACAUCUGGGAUGAUUAUCUAUGUUUUCAAUGUCUGGCCAACCUGCUCGGGAGCGAGCAUCUCUACGCCUUCUACUCCCUCAAGGUAGAAACGGAGGCGAUUUCCCACAUAGCCCGCGUUUAUCCAGCGUUACUACGAAGUCUUCGACUCCAUUUUCAAAUCCACAAAUUCGGCCCUUUUUUCGUAUUUCCAAGUAUUCCUCCUUUUUUUUCACUCCCAUUUCCACAGGCCAACGAGAUCCGAACGGACCUGUUCCUCUUCAAGUGGCUGCAGACGCUGUUCGCGCAGUGUUUCCCCAUCGAAGUCACCGCGCGGCUCUGGGAUUCGUUCUUUUUGGAGGGAACGAGCUUCCUUUUCCGCGCGGCGCUCGCGAUUCUGAAGCUGCUGCAGCCGUCGCUGCUGAAGCUGCCGGUGGAGGACUGCUUCGCGCUGCUGACGGGGUCGGUGCGGAUGGAGGGAGUGUGGAGAGAGGAGGUUUCGAGCGAGAAUUUGUUCGCGACGAUCCAGAAGAUUAAGUUCUCGGAGAAGCAGCAGGAAUUGAUUUCGAGUCUGGUGGAGAACGCGUUCUUUUAUGAGGAGGGGCAGAGAGAGGAGGAGGAGGCGAUCGCGGGUAGGAAGAGAAAAAGGAAGGAAGGUGAGCGGUAG